GAGAGAGAGAGAGCAGCUGAUUUCUCUCUCCCUAAUAUUGUUAUUAGGGAUAUUUUAUUAUUAUUAUUAUUAUUAUUAUUAUUAUUAUUAUUAUUAUUAUAUUAUUCUCUGCCAGUUUUUCUACUCUCUUUACUGAACUCCUUCACUGUGCCUCAGGUGGGAAUCUACCAGUUUUCCAGUGGAGUCUUCUAGAUAGUGACGUUCUAGGAAAUCAUCUCACAGUUGCCAUGGCAAGCAGCAGAGAUUCAGACAACGAGCAAGUAGUGCCGGAUGAAGAGGAAGAGAGAUCGGAUGUGAAGGCAGUGCAGGCCCACUAUCUCCGCAGCCCCUCCCCCAGCCGAUAUUCAACGAUAUCAGACACUGAUACAGAGAGCAUCUUCAUGGAGCCAAUCCAUCUGUCAUCUGCUGUGGCUGCCAAACAAAUAAUCAAUGAAGAACUGAAAACAAAGGACGUCAAAGUAGAUUCAGUGUGUCCCAGGAUGUUAGAGUCUGCACAGCAGCUGAUGGUGGAAGAUCUGUACAACCGAGUGAAGGAAAAGAUUGAUGACACCAGCUUGUUCAACACACCAUGUGUGAUGGACUUGCAGAGGGCACUUGUGAAGGACAGGCUGGAGACCCCCAGGGAUGCUGUGGAUGAAGUUUGGCCUAACGUCUUCAUAGCAGAAAAAAGUGUUGCAGUGAACAAAAGCCGUUUGAAGAGACUGGGGAUCACUCACGUCUUGAAUGCAGCUCAUGGUACAGGUGUAUACACAGGAGCAGGUUUUUACAAUGGUCUGAAUAUCCAAUACCUAGGCAUUGAAGUGGAUGAUUUUCCAGAUAUAGAUAUCUCCAAACACUUCCGUCCAGCUGCUGAGUUCCUGGACGAAGCACUGCUGACUUACAGAGGCAAAAUCCUUGUCAGCAGUGAAAUGGGAAUCAGUCGCUCAGCUGUGCUGGUGGCUGCUUACCUGAUGAUCUACCACCAUAUGACCAUUCUGGAAGCUCUCAUGACUUUGAGAAAGAAACGUGCCAUUUAUCCCAAUGAUGGCUUUCUGAAACAGCUACGAGAGCUCAAUGAGCAAUUGUUAGAGGAACGAGAGCUGGAGAAUACUGGAGAUGAUGAAGUCACUCCGAGUCAAAGUCCUGUAGUCCAGGCAGGGGCCUCUUCCCAGCUGUCUGGAGUUGGGGACUCAGAAAGCAUCACGGGAGCCAAAGCCCACUCUAUCACAGUAGAAGAAGAGGACACCAGCAGCCUGCUGGGUAGUCUUAUGAGCUCUUCAUCACUGGGAAAAACUAGCCGGGUUUCCAAACACUCCACCCUCAUCAGUGAGGAGGAAGAGGAACAGCUGUAUGAGGAAUGGAGGAAGAAACAAGGCCUACCUGAAAAGGAACUGGCAACUAACCAUGGAAGGACAACAUCUCCAAAGCUUCUGUCUCAGGAAGGGGAACAAUCUGAGGAGGAUGUGGAACAGAUGAUUCAUGACUGGCAGCGCAGAAAUGAGAAAUAUCAAAUGAAAGGUCCACCCUGGGAGGAGGAUGGAGACUUCAGCAUGGGAGGAAGACCUUGCCCAUCAAGUGAAUUCAGUGAUGUUGAGAGCGUGAGCAGUCUUGAGAUCCGAACCCUCAAACAACAGCUGGAAGCCAGUAGCUGUAAUAGGAUGAGGAGGAGCCGCACAGGCUCUGUUUCUUCAGAGAGCACUUGGGACAUGUGGAACCAGAGACUUCUGGAGAUUGAGAAGGAAGCUGCUCAGAGGUAUCAUUCUAAGAAUAAAUGUGGUGGGAGGAGCUGGUCCUCGGAAACAGGAAGAAAGGAGAGGGAUGUGGAUGAGGAGAGUGUGUUUUCAGACAGUAGCUCCUUUUAUAAUUUCUGCCAAAAAAACAAAGACAAGCUUACUCCUCUAGAAAGGUGGAAGGUCAAAAGGAUCCAGUUUGGCUUUCACAAGAAGGAUUUAGAAUCAUCAUCUUCUGCUCCAUCUCCAGCUGAAGAUGGCAGUCAGCCAGGUGGGGAGGUGACAGAAGGGAAGAGCUUGUCAGAUAUUAACCUGUCUGCUUACCAGGCUUGGAAAAUGAAGCGGCAGAAGAAGGUGGGCAGUGAAAGCAAGGAUGAAUUUGUCGAGCUUGCCAAAAGUGAGGAUUCUGUUUCAGCCAAAAAGAAGCAGAGGCGAGUAGAGCUCCUUGAACAUUCAAAGAAAAUCUUAGAAGAAAGUCAGUCCAUGUGCAGCUGGGAGACAGACAGUACAAUGAGUGGGAGUAUCCCACUGUCGGCUUUCUGGCCCUCAGCACCUUCUGCAAGUUGUACUGAAGAUGCAUCUUCUGCACUAAGCAUGCAGACAAAUCACUCCCAGGCUAGGAGUAGUGCUGGGGUAAUGCAGCCUCAUACACCAAGUAUACCCCUCCCCAACCUCCCAGUUGGCCCAGGUGACACCAUAUCCAUGGCAAGCAUUCAGAACUGGAUCGCUAACGUUGUGAGUGAAACCAUUGCUCAAAAGCAAAAUGAGAUCAUGAUGCUGUCCCGACCAUCUUCUGCAAUGGCCUCCAGUGUAAUGUCAGGAGACCUUAGCAGACAUGUAGAUGAUGAUAAAGUUUCCCUUCUCAGUGCUCAGAGUGGCUCAUCCCUUGCUACCUCUCAGCUCCGCCAGCAGGACAUGCACAGGGCUGAGUCUCAGUCUAUCCUGUCUUGCAAUACCUCAGUGAGUGCAAGGACAGAAGGGACUAGUUCAAACAUGAAGGUAACACAAACAAGCAAACCGUUGUACAGCCUUUUUGCUGAUGAUAUUGACCUGAAGAAACUCAGGAGGAAGGAGAAAGAGAUGCAAAUGGAAAUGAGAGAGAAAAUGUCAGAUUAUCAAAUUGAAAAGGUGGUCAGAGACAAUAAACGCAGCACUUUAUUUAAAAAAAAGAUGAGCAAAGGAGAGCAAAGUGAAAAUGAAGAUGACACAGAGAGCAUAUCAGGCAACCAUAGACACCUCUUACAAGAAGACCUUGACAGAACCAAUAGGGCAUUUGCUCUAUCCAGUCAAUCUGCAAACGCAGGUGCCCUGAAGUCAGAGGUAGAGACUGAUAUUACCAAGUGGCUGAGUAGCCUGAAAGAAAGAGAACCAUCAUACCAUGAUCAAAGUGAGAAGGCUAGAGAGAAAUAUAACAGAUCAUCCAAACUUAAAGAGGUGGAUUCUGAAACAUCCAGUUACAGAUUCUGCAGAUCCCAAAGGGAAGAGCUAAACAGCUGUUCUUCCUAUGAAUCAGAAGGAGAUUCACUCAGAACCAUGUCAAGAUUUUCUUCUGCUUCUGCAGUGGAGGACAAAAAGAUGUAUAAGUUCACGAGGUCGAGGGUCAGUGAGAGAACAAGUUCAAGAGAAAAGAGCCCAGAGGUGUAUGUUUUCAGACAAACACCUGAACCGUCCUUUGACUCUGAAUCCCCUGAACCAUCUACACAGAGUCGAGUUAGAUCUCAUCAUGUGGAGGAGUGUGAGGAGGAGGCCAGGUUGGACAUGUCAGAAUUUGGAGCUAAGAGAAAGUUCACCCAGAGCUUUUCAAAGUCUGAAGAAGAUGGAAAGAAAGAGGCAAAAGUGGAACAAAGUGAAGAGAGAUUUGCAUCAAGAGAGUUCUCUCAGUACAGGCGAAGCAUCCGUAAAGAAGAAGAAGAGAUGGAUGAUGAUGCUAUUAUUGCUGCUUGGAGAAGUCGACUGGAAGAAACUACCGCAAAGCUCCGGCGGAGAAAGGAAGAGUGACCAAGGAUCAGAUUAUAGGAACACAAACAGAGACCCAGAGUCCCAGAAUCAUUCAUCAUUAUAUUUCUGAUAAUCCUUUGUGGUUUGUAGGGCAUUUCCUGCAGAUAUUUCUCUUUUCUUAAUCAAAAGCCGUAAAGGGAGGAGGUCAAGUUUUGGAAGUGUUUGUGGUUUGUGAGAAAGAAGAUGCUACUAUUAAAUGAUCAAUGCGGGUAGGAUCGCAAAGUUAGAAGCCAUUAGGAGCCAGAGGGCAUUUCAGCAGCAAGAGCAAGUAAUGGUGGUACCUCAAUUCAAAAGACUGAUCACAUCCCAUUUUGGUUAUUUCAAUUUCCUACCCUCGUUAAAGACUGGACAUAUUUUUUCUAGGAUCUUUUUGAUCAUAAAUGGGAGAAGCCAACAGCCUUUUCUAGGAACUUGAAGAAUGUUCCUUUCUUAAUCAGUUUUACUUUAUUCCACUGAGAAGAUACUGCCAAGUAGCUUCGUUUUCUACACCAGUUUAGCAAUGUCUACAGAAAUAAGACAGUUCAGGUGAAUGCAUGUACUGUUUUCCUUCACUGAGUAGUUGAAGCAAAGUGAAAUACUAGAAACAAGAAAAUGCCUCCUUUUUAUUAGAAGUUCGAAGCAAUAAUUUAUGUAUUCUUGUCGUACCAUUGUUGUCUGUUAGAUGGAGUCACCUCCACUGCAGUGUGAUUGGUUCAUGCCGAUAGCUUAGCGUCAACAAGAGGAAAGAUGCUGUAAUACUAACAGCCAUCUAAAAAGUAUGUUCUGGUCACUUUAAAGAGACAGAGUUAGGGUUUGGAUUAGCAUUAGGUUAGGAUGGGUUUCUGGAGCACCGCCUUCAGUUUGUUGUAUGAAUGCAGCUCAGCCAAGUCUGUACUUUUAUGUCUAUAGUCAUAUUGUCAUGUAGUCUUUUCAGUAUUCUUGCCUUAAAAUAAAAGAGUGAUAGGCAGAUUGACCUCUAAUAAUAAAAUGAUGUGUAAAUAAAGCUUUCAUAGAAGGCACCAGGCAAAGACUUACCUAAGGACAAAAUGUAUGGCUGAUGAAUGCAGUACUUGGAAGCUCAUUUUUAGGAAAUGAUAGGUUUAGUUUGCCCAUUAAAGUUAAUAUGCUGUUUGUAUCACGUGAGCUACAGAGCCCACUUUUGAGAGUGAGUGAGCACUCUCUGUGUUAGUGUCGAGCUGUGGGUCCGAGCCUUUCUGUGGCCUGCGAAGCCUCCUGAGCUUGUGUGCAACACAACAGCUCUGCCAGGCCUGCCACAGCAUCGUUUGUGUGGCUGGUACGAUGCUGUGCCUUUAACACAUCAAAGCACUCAACUUUCUGUCACCAGUCAACAUCCUCCAGCCCUCUCUUUAAACAGCUAGGCCAGUUUCUCCUAACUGGUCUGCAUUCUGAAAUUACCUGUUCCUUCUCCUACAUGGAAUAUAUUUUGAAAGAACAAAAUCCUCUGGCACAGCUGACUGUAAAACGAAGAACAACGGAGAGACAAUGCAGCAGUGUAGCACUGCUCUCACAGAAGUUUUGUCUUGCCAUUGUCUUUUCAUCCAUUCUCCCUCUUACUGUGAUGCUUACAGCUCACUAUUAUUACUGUGUGAGUACCUCUCACUUUUUUAAUUGUGUAAUAUUGAUGGUAAGCUCCACAGGGCAAGGACCUGGUCUUUAUCCUUAUCAGUAUGGUGCCAUGCACAUCAGCAGUGCUAUCUAAAUAAUGGUUACUGAUAACAAAAUGCAGCUGCCAAUUUUCCUAAACUUGGAAUCAUUUCUCUCAACUAUAACUCACUGAUUAGACAUUAUCCCCGCUUCUCUGAAGAUAAAGAUACCUCUUUCUGACAACCGGGACUAGGGUAAAUGAUAGCUACUUAUUGCCAGGUGAAUGAAAGGGAGUCUUCAGAUCAGAUGAUUGAACAAUAACAGGGGUAUAAAAAUAAGAAAAAGAACAUAUUUUACUUGUGUAGGGAUUUUUUUGAGUAAACCCAGAUUACAUGUUUCAAGUACAUAAGGAACAUAGUCUUGUUAACGUUCCAGGCAUCCAGAGAUGCUGUAAGGCUUAUAAUGCACUUCUACUACAAUAUAAUAUACAAUACAAUGUAUCCCUUACUUCUGCAUACUUCUGUGAGGUUUUUCUUAAAAGUAGUGGCAUUUCAGGCUUUGAUUCACAUUAUGAGAUUUUAUAUUGAAUUUCUGCAGUGUGUCCUAGAAUAGCCAUUUUUCUCUUUUCUUUAUCCCUGGUAAAGUUGCUUUGUGCAGAACAAUUUUAUGCAUAUGUAUAAUUGGAGCUUGCUUUAUCAAGAUGCUAGUUUCAAUCAAGAAAUGGUCAUAAGUAUAAGCACAUGAAUAAUCUUCUGUCUUCAAUGGCUCACAACAUUAAGCAGUUAAGUUUUGAUGGAUCAAAGUGUGCAAUACCUUCUGAGAUUGAAUUUGCUUUUUUAUCAAAAGCUGGUUUCCUCUGAAAAUCUCUCUUCCUAAGACUGGUUGCUGCUCUCAACAAAAAUGUUUGUCCUCUGCAGGUACUGUAGGGGGCAUCUUACACUGUAAAAGAUGAACAUCAUAUGAGGUAGUAAUUGGUUUCAUUUUGCACUGUACAGCACAGCCUUUGUUUAGGUAGCACUUUGAUUUAAACAGUAUUCCACGUCUGCUGCACAAAUAAAUUAUUCAAGACUGA